CUCCAGUCCGUCCCCGCCUACCGCAGCUAUACCAUGAAGCAGCGAUUCAGCGCCCUCGACGUUCGAGCAACUGUAGCCAACCUAAAAGAAAGGUUGAUUGGGCUUCGAGUCCAAAACAUAUAUGAUGUCACUUCACGAACAUUGCUGUUCAAGUUCGCCAAGCCCGACUCCAAAGAACUCGUUCUAAUAGAAUCAGGAAUCCGACUUCACUCGACCCAGUUCGCACGAGACAAGUCAGCUAUGCCGUCUCAUUUUUGUGGCAAGCUACGUAAACAUCUGAGAACCCGUCGACUGCUCAAUGUUCGUCAGCUGGGAUCAGAUCGUAUUGUGGAUUUCGAGUUUGCUGGCGGCGAGCUGACGGCUGGAUAUCACAUCAUUGUCGAAUUUUAUGCAUCUGGUAACAUCAUUCUCACAGAUCACGAAUAUCGUAUCUUGACACUGUUGCGUGUGGUUCAACCCAGCGAAAACGUUAAAAUGGCAAUCGGUGAGAUUUAUGAUGCCAAAAGCAUUGCGCGAGACUUUCAGUCGGUGCAGUUAGAAAAGCUGCAAACCGUCUUGCGAGCUGCCGGUCCUAAAGAUGUGCUUAAGAAGGUCAUCAAUACAAACUUUGAUUAUGGUCCGUCCCUAUCAGAACAUGCUAUCUUGGUAGCCAAAUUGGAUCCGAAUUUGAAGGCUGCCACCGAUAUGGAUACCAGUGAAGGUUCACCUCAAAUGAAGGCCCUAUUGGAAGCUUUGGAGGAAGCCGAUAAAUUGAUUGAAGCGGUUGGAACCACGGUUCCGAAGGGAUACAUCAUUUUGAAGGAGACAGAAAAGAAGAAUGAAGAUGGAACUAAUCUCGAGCUCUACGAUGAAUUCCAUCCACAUUUGUACGAACAGCACAAGUCUCGACCUUUCAAGGAGUACGAUACUUUUGAUGCUGCGGUUGAUCAGUUCUUUUCCGAAAUCGAGUCUCAAAAGAUUGAUAUGAAGGCUAGAUCACAGGAAGAGAAUGCAGCCAAGAAACUGGAGGCUGCCAGACGAGAGCAAAUGAACCGUAUCCACGGACUGGAAAGCUUGCAACUUACAAACGUCCGCAAGGCUCAGCUUAUUGAAAACAAUCUGCAGAUGGCAGAUGCUGCUAUCUUGAUUAUUCGUAAUGCCAUCGCUACUGGUAUGGAUUGGAGAGAACUGGAGGAUUUAGUAAAGGACGAGCAAAAGCGCGGUAAUCCCAUCGCUUUGAUGAUCGAUUCCUUGAAACUAGAGACCAAUCAAGUUUCUUUACGGUUGAGCGACCCUGACUAUGAGUCCAGCGAAGAAGAUUCCUCAGAUGAAGACGAUGAGAAGGUUGAAAAGGAACGCAAAGAGCCUUCCAAGGUCGAUGUGGAUAUUUAUCUGACAGCUUUUGCAAAUGCUCGAAAGUACUAUGACCAAAAACGUGCCACUGCUGCCAAACAUGAAAAAACCAUUGCCGCUUCAGAAAGGGCUAUGAAGUCAGCAGAAAGAAAGAUCAAACAGGAGCUGAAGGAAUCUAAAAUCACAGCCACCGUUAGCAAGAUUCGCAAGCCUUUCUGGUUUGAAAAGUUUCUUUGGUUUAUUUCCACUGAAAACUAUCUCGUUAUUGCUGGUAGAGAUAUGCAGCAAAACGAACUUCUCGUCAAGCGGUACCUUAGCAAAGAUGAUGUCUAUGUCCAUGCGGAUCUACAUGGUGCUGCUUCGGUCAUUAUCAAAAACUCCAACCCUGGCCACGAAAUCCCUCCAAACACGUUGCAUCAAGCUGGUAUCAUGUCGGUUUGUCAGAGCAAAGCAUGGGAGGCAAAGAUUGUCACUAGUGCCUACUGGGUGCUUCCUGAUCAGGUGUCCAAGUCUGCCCCAACUGGAGAGUACUUGACCACAGGAUCAUUUAUGAUCCGAGGCAAGAAAAACUUUUUGCCGCCGGUGCAGUUGGUGUAUGGGUUUGGGUAUUUGUUCAAGCUGGACGAUGCUUCCCUUGGAAACCACGUCAAAGAACGACGCUAUCUGGCUACUGAUGAAACUGAUGAAUCAAAGGUAGAUGCAGAAAAGGAGAAGGAGUCAAAAACAGGGGAGAAGGCGACACCAGAAAAGCAGGAACCACCGGAACCAGUAGAUGUUGAGCACAACGUUCCUAGUGCCAACUCUGAGGCAUCAUUCGAUGGCCUGCAAAGCACUGAGAAUUCAGCAGCGGCUAGUGUCACUAGCGAAAUUUCUGAUCAACAGCUGUCUACUGACUUUGAGCAAGACGGUGAAAGCGGAGGUGAAGAGCAGUCCUCUGGACAAACGACUUCUCAAGAUCAGUCUGUCGCUAGCGAUAGCAGCGAUGAUGAUGACGAAGAUAUGGCGUUCCCUGACACCCAAGUGAAUCAACCAGCAGCAGGCGGCUCUCAAUGGGAUAAAUACAACCUACAAACCCUUGGCGACGAUGAAGAUGCUUUCGAUCAAGACGGAGCGUCCCAGCAUGACACAGACACCAGAAAGUCAUACAUCACUGCCAAGCAGCGACGAAUGAUGAAAAAGGGCAAAACUUUGGAUGAAUUAACACAGUCACCUGAGCCAGAGGCGAAUGAAGCAAAGCAGACUCCUAACAAAGAGGUUAACAAGGACAGCAAGAAAUCUCAGCCAAUAGCACCGUCCCGUGGUAAGAAGGGCAAGAGCAAGAAAAUCAAAGAAAAAUAUGCUGAUCAGGAUGAGGAAGAGCGAGAGUUACGCAUGGAACUGUUGGGUUCCAAUAAAGGGCCUCAACCAAAGGGUAAAAAGGCUAAGAAGGAAGCGCAAGCCAAGACAGAGAGUCUUGCCCGCCAGCUUGCCAAAGAAAAGGCUAAACAAGAAUACGAGCGAAAACGUGCGGAAGCUGCGGCUGCAGGUGAAGCAGCAGCUGCUGAAGCUCCUGUCAAGACCAGAGAAACUCGCGCGGAGAAGAAACAACAAACCGAAGAGAUCAAGCAAAUGCUGAAAGAGGAGAACAUCACUGUUUUGGAAGCGGAUGAAAUUGCCAACUUGUCCGUUCUGGACUCCCUCACUGCCCAACCUGUUCCCGAGGACAUUUUGCAUUUUGCCAUACCCAUUUGCGCUCCCUAUACAGCUCUGCAAAAGUACAAGUACAAGGUCAAGCUCGUGCCUGGCAGUGGAAAGAAAGGAAAAGCUGUCAAGCAGGUAGAAGCACUCUUCUUAGGCCACCAUGAAGCAACCGAGCGUGAAAAGGAGCUCAUCAAGAGCGUGCCAGACAUGGAGUCGAUCGGAACCAUGAUGAGUAAGGUCAAGGUCCUGUCGCCCAAUAUGGAGGCUGAUAAGAAGGGAGGCAAGAAGUUCAGCAAGAAGAAAUGAUACGUUAUUGUUUGAAUCGGUCAAUGAUAGAAUGCAUCUAUUUUUGCAAAGUAUUGACAGAACGCACACAACUAAUAAAAAAUAUACACGAUUAUACAAAAAAGAAAUACUAAAGAUGAGAG